AUGCCUGUUACUGCCCUUAUGGUCUGUUUCUUGGUUUUAUUGGGUUUAGUUAACAGUUGUUGGGAUGGAAUGUUAAAUUGUUCAAUCACGAGUGUGAGGGUUUCUUUGGAUUGGUCAGUAAG